AUGCACUUCAAGCAUUAUUCAGUUUUAGUAAAAAGUUUUAAAAAUGUUUCUCUCCAUUUCCCAUUAGUAAAAGAUGAUCACGUGACAGUUGACCUCUCUCUGGUGACCUAUGACCUCUCUGACGUCAUUAGAACCAACUUCACUCUUUUCGAUUGUUCUCGAUACAAUACUUGCUGGCAGUGCACGAGAAGUGUCUACGGAUGCAAAUGGUGUCUCAAAACAAGUGCCUGUAUUGCUGAUAACAUUCGCAAACAUCGUGAUGGUGAUGACGACAACGAUGAUGUCUACGAUGGCGAUUUUUAUGGUGAUGAUGGUGACAUCAGCAACGACUCUACAACCGGAGAAAGUGGUAAAAAUGGAAAAAUGGAAGAGGAUGAAGGAGUCGAUGAUGAUGAAGAAUGCUCUGCAGAUGCUCUUAAAUAUGGAAUAAAAACAAAAAAACUGGAAAAAGAAAAAGCACUUCCUCUGUCGCGGUCAGCCAUGCAAUCUGUCAGAUCUAAAAAGAGUUACAACUGCCCUGCGAUACAGAACUUAACAAAAAAUCCUCAACUAAACUGGCAACAACAACAACAACAAACGUCACGACUACUACCACCUCAAAUACGACAACAUCAGCAACCGUUGCAGCCACACGUAACACAAAACCAUCAACCGAAGCAGUUGCAGCAGCAACCACAUGCCGAUGUUGUGGUAGCGUCCGGGGAAGAGGCCGUCAUUGAGAUGACACUCGUACAUAUCAUGGUAUUAUAA